GAGACACCUUCACGCGGUGCAGAGUGUGAGUAGCAGCCACUGAUGCCUUCGUCGGUGGCUGCGAAACCAAGAUCUCUCCAAAACUUCAGGUGUUGCAGGGGGGCGGAGGACAUGGGCAGGGCAUGGGCAUGGCUGCAGGGCCAGGCAUGGGAGGCAGCGCCCCAGGGGGGGGAAACUUGGGCAGGGCAGGGCGGCACGGCCAGGCGUGGAAGGCACUGGCCUUCAGGGGACAUCGAGGCACAAGCUGUGCACAGGUAUCUCAGAUCUGGGCUUUUUCGGGGGGGAGGCAGGCACAGGCGGAUUUCCCAGAGCUGGGCCUUUUUCCCUAUUCGAGCAAGUGUGGCAACAAUGGCAAUGAUUCCACACCUUCUGGCACUCCCACAUUUUUACCUUUUCUUCCGGACUCCCAUCCCCCAGGUCCUCAGACCAGUGGGCCAAAGGCUUUGACUCAUGUCUCUGGUACUUUCUUGGUUCUGGUGGGACCUUUGGCUGUGGACACUUUGUUAGUAGGUACCGUGGAUUUUCUCCGGUACUGUGGCGGUGCCUGCACUGGUGGUGGUGGUGGGUACGAACUCAGAACUCAGAACUCAGAUCUCAGAUUCUCGUGGCCGGAUAACCUGAUCCGCAAAUUUCUGGAACUCUUCCAAAAAUAGCUCGGAGUUCCUUACUUUACAUGUGGAGAACG